AUGGUCAGGGAGGCGCCGUUGCUGAAAUACGAUACCGAGCAGAGCAUAGCCGCCAACGAAGGCGGCUUCGGCUUUCAUGCGGAAAUGCUCGCAAAGAUGGCAAAAAUGAACGACAAGAUCGAGAAACUCGAAUCCCAUUCCCAGAAACUCGAAUCCCAUCGCCAGAGCCAUCUGGAUCUCCGGCAGAGGGCCGUUUCCACGUGGGUGCGAAAUGCAUUUGGCAAAGACACAGAACACCGGAAGGAGGAAACCCGCAGACUGAACAGAGAUAUCAUCGACCGUGGCGACGUGCGAUCCGAUGCCAUGGUAGUUACUGAGCGCUACAAGAAAAACAGCAUCGAAAGGCAAAGUUUCCGUACUCUAUAUGGCCUCACGCCGGAGAAUGUGAAGGAUCUUGACCAGCCAAAGUGCUACGGAGCUCUGCAGGCGUUAGAUAGAGUGGCCUCUAUCCUGCUCACAGACGCUCGGACAAGCCUCCCUAACGAGGCGAUAUGGAAGGAACGCGAGGAUCUUGUCGCCCUGCUGCUGGAGGAGAGAUAUGAAGAGGCUGAGAAGAUGAGCAGCACUUUUCUUUGUGACGACGAGUCGUCUGUGGCUGAAGAGUAG